AUGCCUACGUCUCCGUCCACUUGCCUACGUCUCCGUCCACUUGCCUCGGUCUCCGUCCACCUGCCUCUGUCUCCGUCUACUUGCCUACGUCUCUGUCCACAUGCCUACGUCUCCGUCCACAUGCCUACGUCUCCGUCCUCUUGCUUAUGUCUCCGUCUACUUGCCUACGUCUCCGUCCACAUGCCUACGCCUCCGUCCUCUUGCUUAUGUCUCCGUCUACUUGCCUACGUCUCUGUCCACAUGCCUACGUCUCCGUCCACUUGCUUAUGUCUCUCCGUCUACUUGCCUACGUCUCCGUCCACAUGCCUAAGUCUCCGUCCACAUGCCUACGUCUCCGUCCACUUGCCUACGUCUCCGUCCACAUGCCUACGCCUCCGUCCUCUUGCUUAUGUCUCCGUCUACUUGCCUACGUCUCUGUCCACAUGCCUACGUCUCCGUCCACUUGCUUAUGUCUCCGUCUACUUGCCUACGUCUCCGUCCACAUGCCUAAGUCUCCGUCCACAUGCCUACGUCUCCGUCCACUUGCCUACGUCUCCGUCCACUUGCCUACGUCUCCGUCCACAUGCCUACGUCUCCGUCCACUUGCCUACGUCUCCGUCCACUUGCCUACGUGGCGUCCACUUGCCUACGUCUCCGUCCACAUGCCUACGUCUCCGUCCACUUGCCAUUCGUCUCUGUCCACAUGCCUACGUCUCUGUCCACAUGCCUACGUCUCCGUCCACUUGUCUACGUCUCUGUCCACAUGCCUACGUCUCCGUCCACAUGCCUACGUCUCCGUCCACAUGCCUACGUUUCCGUCCACUUGCCUACGUCUCCGUCCACCAGCCUCUGUCUGUCCAAUUGCCUACGUCUCCGUCCACCUGCCUCUGUCCACUUCCCUCUGUCCACUUGCCACUUACCUGCUUCAAUAAAUCUUGA